AUGGGAAGUAAAUGGUGCCAUCCAACCAAGUCAAAUUCACGAUGUAUACUUCGUGGAUCCAACAGAGGAGAGUCGUCCACUUCUUGAGAAGAUCCAUCAAGGUCAAUUUGUGGCUCUACAUGGACCUAGAGCAUCUGGAAAGUCCACACGAGUACUACACAUAAUGAACCACUUGCACAAACAAAACUUUAUUCGCAUCUAUGUGUCGUUUGAGGAUGUUAGGGUUACUGAAAGUGAAGACAUUUUCUGGAGUACGCUUGGAUCAGCACUUCAACGUGAUGCUGUUCAACAUCUUGGCACUCCAAGCAAUCCUAUAAUCAAAUCUGCCAGCUGUUUCCUAAACACAUUUCUUAAUAGCAAUUGGACAUCUAAAGUGGUUUUAUUCUUCGACGAAUUUGACAAACUAUACAGAGCGAAUAACGAGGUUCUCUUAUCAUGCCUAGAGACUCUUCGCAGUAUUAGAACGAACAAGGAUAUUUAUGCCAUCCAAUCCAUAAUUGCUAUUGGCCCAUUCAGCAUUUUGCAUUUGGAUGCGCCAGUUAAGAACACAUCACCUUUUAAUGUUAAAGAGCCAUUCAUGAACCCAAACUUCACCUUAAAACAAGUGCAGACUAUAUACAAACAGUUUGCAGAAGAGAAUUAUAUAAUUAUUAACGACGACAUUGUUCAAGACAUCUACAUACAAACAAACGGUCAUGCCGGUCUUGUCUGCCUGUGUGGGCGUGCGAUCUACAGAAGGUUAAUGGAAAAUCUAGAUAGGGGAGUAUACCUGAGCUACGACAAAUGGCAGAGUUUCAGCAUUAUGUCAUUGUCAGAAGAAGUAUUAGAAUAUUCAACUUUUAAGAGAAUGAAAGAUGACCUUUUGGAAGAUCAUUCUAAGUCUGCUAUGAAGCUCUUCCGGUCCGAAUUUUUGACAACUUUUGAGGCUGUACGGCCUACCAAUUGUAAUCUGGCGAAUUUUCUUGCUUCAGAAGGAGUUUUGGUGCCCGAUGAAAAUCUUCCUGGAUAUUUCAAUCUAUCAUCACCUUUGGUGCGUUGGCUUCUCUUACAACAAAUAAUUCCAAAAUUGUUUCCGACCUCGCCUCAAGCGGAAGUCCCCUAUAAUCCUACCACAGGUACCUUAGACAUCCUUAAGGCCUUGAAACAAGUUGUCUGUGUAUUUGAUAAAGAAACAAUAAAGUCCCGCAACUCUUUUAAGUUAGCACGUGUGCUGGUCAAUAAUGCAAAUAAUCGAGAAGUUCCUAGAGAAUCAGUGUAUGAUGCGGAGCUUUACCGGAUCAUGUCGAACUGGCUUGGUAGAUUUACAGUAACGGGACAGUGGCAUCUAAAAUAUCGUGCAAGUGGGCACAUCAAUAAUAAAUAUGUCGACAUAGUCAUCGCACGAUCUGAUCAUCCAACCAUUGCGUUCGAACUUUUAGCUUCAGCUACAAAAAAAGAGCUCAAAGAACAUUACGAACGGGCGCUCAUAUAUGACAAGAAAUUACCUGCAAACGAAACAUGGGUGGUUCAUUUCACCUGCGAAGAAAACGCCAUUUCGGUACCUUGCUGGCCAACCAAUGCCCAGUUGCAGAAGGGCCUUCGAGUUGUGUUCUUUUGGCACGAUCUCGAGUUCAUGAAAGUUAAUAUGAUUGCAUGUUGGUGGGAUACGAACAGUAACGCGAGGCAUGUUACUAAUGUUGAGGAAUUUAUG